UUCUGGUCAUCUUAUUCUGCGGUUUCACCCUCUGGCAUAGCCAUCGCCGUCACUGCUAUGGCCGGCAUCGCACUCGCCGCCACCGUCAUCUACUCUCGUAGGUAAAAAAAAAAAGAGCAAAAAAAAGGUUGUCAAAAAUCGUAGCUUCAUUCUCAUUCAAAAUCUUGUCCAUGAUUACACAGCCUAGAGAGUAGAGAGCUUAGAUUGCUUUUGAUUAUUAAUUAGGUAAAUUAGAUAGAUAGAAUUCGACAUGCUUACGGAACAGAAACCUUUAAUGAGAGCCUUACGACGAAGUCACACAUCCUCAUCACCAUCAUCAUCGCCGUCAAAUACUUCUUCUUCAUCAUCGUCAUUGUGGAUUCAUUUGCGAUCGGUUUUAUUAGUUGUUGCUUCUUCGUCGUCAUCGUCAUCUUCCUCAUCUUCCUCCUCACCACUUCCAAAUGAUCGGGGUAGCCUAAAAUCACCUUGGUCUCAUAGGAGAAGAAAGCAUGCCCUUCUACCUAAACAAUGGAAAAAUUUAUUCACAGCAGAUGGGAAACUCCUUGAUGAUGGUGUCAAGCUUCUGAAGACAAUUCGAAAUGGAGGUGUUGAUCCAAGUAUUAGAGCAGAGGUGUGGCCUUUCCUCCUUGAAGUGUGGGUCAUAAAUGACCAGUUAUACCAUCUAACUUUGAUGUCUGCAUGCUUGAACAGAUAUGACUUCAACAGUUCGAAGGAAGGAAGAGAUUCUAUUAGAACUCAGAAAAGAAAAGAGUAUGAAAGCUUGCGGAAACAGUGCCGCCAAAUUCUUAAACGUAUCAAGAAGAGCUGUAAGUUGAAGGAAACUGUUGGAAACAGCUGCAAUGAAGACAGUCAAGUUCAUGAUUCUCUAGGCUUAGAGGAUGUGGUUAGUGGUAGGUGGUCACACUCCACUGAGGGAGGAAGCCCUGUGGUUGAUGAUUUUGAUCACCCUCUAUGUGAUCGAAGUCAUCAAACCCUUCUAUCUACUGACUCAUUUUUGAAGGGAGAUGUUGAUAAGAGUGUGGUCACUUGUGAAUAUGCCUCUACUGGAGAGAUAGAUUCAUCUGAUUCUGACUCCUCUGAAGAACAUGGAAACACACCCCUCGUUGCCUCAGUAAUAACUGAGGAAAAUAAUAUUGAUGAAGAUGAUAAUGAUAGCUCCUCUCCCUCCGAGAUAGAAGGCAGGUCCAAAUCCCACACGGAUGAAGAUUUUGCCACAUGGCAGAGAAUCAUACGCCUUGAUGCUGUGAGGGCAAAUGAUGAAUGGAUGGUUUACUCUCCAGCUCCGGCCGCAGUAUCAGAAAUCAAAGCACAACGGUUAGCUGAGAGUGUUGGCUUGAAGGAUUGUGAUCACUUAGAGCCAUGCAGGAUUUUUCAUGCUGCUCGUCUUGUUGCUAUCCUUGAGGCCUAUGCGCUUUACGAUCCUGAGAUAGGUUACUGCCAAGGAAUGAGCGAUCUGCUCUCUCCAAUUAUCUCAGUGGUAGAAGAUGACUCUGAGGCCUUCUGGUGCUUUGCUGGUUUCAUGAAAAGAGCUCGUCAUAAUUUCCGACUUGAUGAAGUGGGCAUUAGAAGACAGUUAAACAUCGUGUCCAAGAUAAUCAAGUGUAAGGAUAUUCAUUUAUAUAGACACCUGGAGAAUCUUCAAGCAGAAGAUUGCUUCUUUGUAUAUAGAAUGGUUGUAGUUCUUUUUCGGAGGGAGUUAAACUUUGAGCAGACACUUUGCCUCUGGGAAGUGACAUGGGCAGACCAGGCAGCGAUUCGUGCAGGUAUUGCAAAGUCUGCUUGGGGGAGGAUGAGAAUUAGAGCUCCCCCAACUGAUGAUCUUUUGCUUUAUGCAAUAGCAGCUUGUGUUUUACAAAGGAGGAAACUAAUCAUAGAGAAGUAUAGCAGCAUGGAUGAGAUAAUGAGAGAAUGCAAUAGUUUGGCCGGACAUCUGGAUGUCUGGAAGCUUCUUGAUGAUGCCCAUGACUUGGUGGUCAACCUGCACGAUAAGAUUUAGGACUAAUCUGCCUUUUUUCUUUUUUCCAAUUUCCUUCACUGAUUUUUUUAAAACUUUCCUCGACUCCUGCACCAUUUAGGGAUCCCUAAACUAAGGGAUCCAAGUUACUUGACAUUUCUGCUUGAAACAAGCGGUGUGAUAGCCAAUUCCCUGUUCCAAGUAAAUUAUGGGAUGUACCAUGAUGUAUUGCCCGCACUCGUGCUUCAUCUGAGUGAUGGUGGCAACGCUGAAAAAAUCAGCAGUUUAGAAUGUUUAGCUUGCUUGCAGUUAUUGAACGAUAGAAUCUUGCACGUUAGUUUUCUCCUUUCGUUUCGGUUCUUUGGCAUUACUGUUUACUUUUGUUGCAACCCGGUUAACCCUGUUCAGACUGGUUUCUCUUCUGGCAGCUUCUCUUUUCUCUGAUUCUUUUGAAUAAAAAAUUAAAAAUUAAAAAAAAAAAAC